GUGUGCGUGUAGUGUGAGCGAGAGCCAUCGGUGUAUGCGUGCGCUCGCCUGCCUGUGUGUUUGAGUGUGUGUGUGUGUGGUGUGUGUGUGUGUGUGUUUGUGAGAGAGAGAGAGAGAGAGAGAGAGAGAGAGAGAGACGUAGACCGAGCCCCGAACACGGAGCAUGCCUCUGCGUCCGGCAGCCGGCAAACAUGAGCCACCCAGCCCUCCACGGCAGGACCAGCAGCAGCAGCAGCACACACACACACACCCACACACACUCACACACCCUCACACACACGCAGCAAACGGCAGCCAGGGGGCCAGCACUGACAGCAACAGCUCCCGGGAAGAGGACAGUGGUGCUCCCGUUCCUUACGGCGUUCCGGCUUUCCGUCCCGGCGCAGAGCGUAGCCACAGUGCAAGAGCACCCAUGGAGGAGCCGACAGGCAACACCGUGGUCAUCCGCAUUGGAAUCCCAGACCUACAACAGACGAAAUGUAUGAAAUUCAAUGUGGAUGCUCCAAUCUGGCUGUCCAAGCAGCGGAUCCUGUGUAAUCUCAACCAGAGCCUGAAGGAUGUACUCAACUAUGGCCUGUUCCAGCCGGCCUACAAUGGCAAGGCUGGCAAGUUCCUGGAUGAAGAGAGACAGCUAAGGGAAUACCCCUUCCCAUCCAUCGCUCCUGUACCUUACCUGGAGUUCCGCUAUAAAAGACGUGUCUACACUCAGACCUACCUGGAUGAAAAGCAGUUGUCUAAGCUCCACACCAAGGCAAACCUGAAGAAGUUUAUGGAGUUUGCGCAGCAGAGGAACAUCGAAAAGGUCUCAAGGUUCUUGGAAAAAGGUCUGGACCCGAACUUCCAUGAUCCGGACUCAGGAGAAUGUCCUCUCACGCUGGCAGCACAGCUGGAGGGAUGUGCAGAGCUCAUCAAGGUGCUGAAAAGUGGAGGGGCGCAUCUGGACUUCAGGACAAAAGAUGGCAUUACAGCCCUACACAAGGCCGUGCGCAGCAACCAUACAGCUCUUAUAACGCUGUUGGAUUUGGGAGCAUCUCCUGACUAUAAAGACAGCAGGGGGCUAACUCCCCUCUACCACAGUUCAAUGGUAGGAGGAGACCCUUACUGCUGUGAGCUGCUGCUACAUGAUCACGCACAGGUCGGCUGUGUGGAUGAGAACGGCUGGCAGGAGAUACAUCAGGCAUGUCGCUAUGGUCACGUGCAGCAUUUGGAGCAUCUGCUGUUCUAUGGAGCCGACAUGAGCGCCCAGAAUGCAUCUGGAAACACCGCCCUGCAUGUGUGUGCACUCUACAACCAGGAUAGCUGUGCACGAGUUCUCCUGUUCCGUGGGGCCAAUAAAGAGAUAAAGAACUACAACAGCCAGACUGCUUUUCAGGUGGCUAUUAUAGCAGGAAACUUUGAUCUGGCAGAAAUCAUUAAGGUCCACAAAGCAUCAGAUGUUGUGCCUUUCAGGGAGACCCCCUCCUACACCAACCGUCGACGUGUGAUGCCCGGGCCCCUGCCCUCACCACGGUCCUUGCUCCGCUCCGCGAGUGACAACAACCUGAACGGGGACCACGAUCACAUCCACAGUCAGGCCCCCCGAGAAAUCCGUGGCCGCCAGGGUCACUCCCCUGUCCCCUCGCUGCGUAGCCUGCCAGCUUUUGGGCAACAGCACAGCAGCCUUGGAGAGAGUCGUCAUGGAGAGAUCCCUGACAGCAGUCUCCAGAGUACCGGCAGCUCCAGAUCCUCCCAUUCCCGCUCGCCUUCACUACAUCACAUGCAUGAAGAAGACAAGCCAGUUCCCAGACGCUCCCACAGCCACGGCUACCCUCACGGACACGGCCCUCGUGGAAGACUCAGCCCUGGUUCAGUGCAGCGAGACCCAAGCCCACCUCAUCACACCCCUCCAGCACUGGCUGGCCCCCGUGGGCCCAAACGAAAACUCUACAGUGCCGUCCCAGGACGUACUUUCAUCGUGGUCAAGCCCUACACGCCACAGGGGGAGGGAGAGAUACAGCUCAACCGUGGAGAACGGGUCAAAGACUAUGACUGUAAUGACGUAGAAGUGCUGAGCAUAGGGGAAGGAGGUUUCUGGGAAGGCACGGUCAAAGGGAGGACAGGAUGGUUCCCUGCAGACUGUGUGGAAGAAGUUCAGAUGAGGCAGUUUGACCCACGGCUAGAGACUCGGGAGGACCGCACUAAGAGACUGUUCAGACACUACACUGUGGGAUCUUAUGACAACUUCACCUCAUACAGCGACUAUAUCAUCGAGGAGAAGAAUGCUGUUUUACAGAAGAAAGAAAAUGAGGGGUUUGGAUUUGUCCUGCGGGGAGCCAAAGCCGAGACUCCCAUUGAAGAGUUCACUCCCACCCCAGCGUUCCCUGCCCUGCAGUAUCUGGAGUCUGUGGACGUGGAGGGAGUGGCGUGGAGGGCUGGUCUGAGGACAGGGGACUUCCUCAUUGAGGUAAAUGGGGUAAAUGUGGUGAAGGUGGGCCAUAAGCAGGUGGUGUCCUUGAUCCGGCAAGGGGGCAACAGACUGCUGAUGAAGGUUGUUUCUGUCACACGCAAACCUGAGUCUGAAGAAGUCGUUCGAAAGAAAGCUCCCCCACCACCCAAGAGAGCUCCCAGCACCACCCUGACGCUGCGCUCUAAGUCUAUGACCGCUGAGCUGGAGGAACUGGCUUCUGCUCGGAGGAGAAGAGGAGAGAGGCUAGAUGAGAUGUUGGCAUCCCAGGAGUCUAUGUUGCGUUCUCAGCCCUCGGAGGCAGAUUACAGAGCAGCCACUGUCAAGCAGCGGCCUACCAGCAGGAGAAUAACACCAGCAGAGAUCAGUCAGUCACUGUUUGAGAGACAAGGGAUGACUCUACAUGGAGGUCUUCACCCUGGGAUUGAGAGAGGUCACAUACCGCUACCAAAGGGCAUGUCCAGGACCAAGUCUUUUGGUGCCACUGAGGAGGAUCGGCUCUCUGCUCUUGCAGGCGAGCACCGAUUUCCCCGCAGUUCCUCUAUGACAGACACCCUCCGAGACCACUCACAGCCCCAUCCCAUCCCUCCACCUCCACAAACGGCACCUCCUCCUCCUCCCUACUACCUAGACACCGGUCCUCCCCCUGCUUUCUGCCCCCCUCCACCCCCCUCUAGGACCCAGAGUCAGGGCCAUGAGCCUGGAGGACGUUCCAGCUUCAAGCCCUCCUCCUUAGACCUGCCUUAUGAGGCCGCUCAGCGGCAGGCCACACACAUCGAGAGACAGAAGAAAGCCCGUUCCAUGAUAAUCCUGCAGGACUCCUCCCAUCUACCUGUAGAACCUACAGAAAUUCCCCGACCUUCUGCUGCUACUCCACCUGAGCGAAUCAAAAGGAAGGGUCGGAUUAUUGACAACCCUUACGCUAAUGUGGGACAGUUUAGCAUUGGACUGUACACACCCACCAAGCCCCAAAGGAAGAAAAGCCCACUAGUGAAACAGCUACAGGUGGAAGAUGCACAAGAAAAAGCUAGUUUGGCCUUAGCUGCUGCCCACUCGCGAGAGAGCUCACCCUCAGGACGACACCCACAUACCCACGGGCACACACACACCAGCCGUGCAGACUACUACCAGCAGCAGCUGAUGGCUGAGCGAGAGCGUAUGCGUGUCCAAGGAGAGAUGAUGUUUCAGGGUAAGGGCCCCUUCGCUGCUGCAAUUGCUGGAGCAGUGAAAGAUCGCGAGCGUCGCCUAGAAGAACGGAGGAAAUCCACUGUCUUCCUUUCUGUUGGGACCAUGGAGGGGGCACCUGCCUCCAGCUCUGAUGCUCCCUCUCUGACUCAGUCUCACUCAAUCGAUGAACGGAUGCUGACCCGUGAGCUGGGACAGCUGCCUCCCCCUGCCUUGGCUCUGAGCCCCUCACCUAGUGGGACCACCUUUAUCCAUCCACUUACAGGAAAGCCCCUGGACCCUAAUUCACCACUGGCUCUUGCGCUGGCCGCAAGGGAGAGGGCACUGACCUCCCAGAGCCAGUCCCCAACUAGCAGCCCAGAGCCUCGGACUAAACAAGAGCGAGUAGGCCAGGGUGUAAUAUUCAUUGACAGUCAGACCAAAGAGUCUCCACAUGGGGAGGGGGUACCUACAUCUCCCCCUUUUUCACCUAAAAGCGCCAAGGCAGCGGGUUAUGGACUUGGACCCUCCCCAACAUCAAUUUUAGUUCCCCAGCCUACCAAGCCACAGUGGGCUACAUCAUCUUCGCCUGUAUCAUUCCGGCAAGAAAUGGAGGCCAGAAUAGAGGAGAGGAAGGAGGAGAAGAGACUAGAGGAUAAAAAAAGUAUGUUAAUCAGUAUUAUGGAUACAUCACAGCAGAAGACAGCUGGGCUGAUCAUGGUCCAUGCUACCAGUAACGGCCAGGCUGUUGGGGUGACUUCAGAACUAGAACAGACACCCGCCACAGUAUCCAUGGAGCCUAGCAAAUCACCAAGUCCACGGGCUAAAUCCCCCAGCCCUACUGUCUCCCAGCCCCAGGCCCAGCUCCAGGCCCAGCCCCCAGCCCUGCCUCAAACUCAGCGUCCUGCCAGUCCAGCCCAAGAGAAGAGUCUGGCUCAGGGAAGCUCCGAGGAGGAUGUGGAUCCGUACACAGUGACCCUGCCCCCUGCCAUGUUAUCCUCCAGUGAUGAGGAGACAAGAGAGGAGCUACGUAAGAUUGGAGUUGUUCCACCACCAGAUGAGUUUGCUAAUGGGCUGCUUGCACAGGCACAGGGGGCCGUGUCCCCAGCUAAACCUGCCACCUCUCCCACCACCCCUACAACGCCAACACCCCAAACUCCCUCAACUCCGACAACCCCAAUUGUCACCCCCACACAGCCUCCCCAGCCCCCACCUCCACCCAGUGCAGCAGCUGUCUCAGGGAAGCCCUCUGACCCUCUGGAGCCCCCACCGGUGGGUGAGUCCGGCUCUGCGGCUGACUCAGGCGUGGAGGAGGCUGACACGCGCAGCUCCAGCGAGAGAGAGCGAGACCACCAUCUCGAGACCACCAGCACCGUCUCCACGGUUUCCAGCAUGUCCACAUUGUCCUCAGAAAGCGGCGAGCCUGCCGACACACACACCACGCACACCUCCUAUGCCGACGGGCAGACUUUUGUGCUCGACAAGCCGCCAGUGCCUCCUAAGCCCCGACUCAAGUCCCAGAUAGGAGGCAGUAAAGGCCCCGUCACCUUCAGGGACCCUCUGCUAAAGCAGAGCUCUGACAGCGAGCUGCUAUCACAGCAACAGGCUGCUGCCCUGGCUGCUGCUGCGGCUGGAGGAGCUGGGCUCCCCCCAGGUGGUUCGGCCUCAGUGACUGGUCUAGCCCCCACCAAGCCGCGCUACCUCUUCCAGCGGAGGUCCAAGCUGUGGGGAGACCCUGUGGAGCCCCGUGGGCCAGGGGUAGGGCUAGGUAUUGGGAGUUUGGGCAAUCUUGGUGGGCUGGGACUGGGGCUGGGUGCAGAUGAGGGAGUAAAACCAUCUGUUAUGGGAGAGCUCAGUUCACGACUACAGCAGCUAAAUAAAGACACUAGGUCACUGGGAGAGGAACCACUGGGAGCAUCACUUGACCCAGGGAGGAAAUCACCUGUGGCAGGUGCCAGACUUUUCAGCAGCUUAGGCGAGCUCCACACCAUUUCUCAGAGAAGUUAUGGAACCACGUACACCAUCCGCCCUGGCAGCCGUUACCCUGUCACCCGACGCGCCCCCAGCCCAGGUUCAGGCUCACCUGAUCGGGGCGACCCUCUCGGACGAUUCUCAAGCUUCGGCCUACCGACCUCACCGACUACACCCCCUCAAACCAUCCUCAAAUCCUCGAGCCUCAGCCUACCCCAGGAGCCUAAAGAGGUCCGCUUUGUAAUGAGGAGCUCCAGCGCCCGUUCCCGCUCUCGUUCCCCGUCUCCUUCCCACUCCCCCGGGUUGGGGUCACCACUUUUAGCCCUCCGGCCCUUCCACCAAAAACCCCUCCACCUUUGGAACAAGUACGAUGUUGGAGACUGGCUGGAGAGCAUCAAUCUGGGGGAGCACAGAGCAGGGUUUCAGGAACACGAGAUCGAAGGCUCCCACCUCCCGGCUCUAACCAAGGAUGACUUUGCAGAGCUGGGAGUGACGCGAGUCGGACACCGCAUGAACAUUGAGCGAGCACUAAAGCAGCUGCUGGAGAGCUGACCCCUGCCCUGAGACACAGCAACAGAUGGAGAGAGACGAAGACAGAACCAGUGAGAUCCAGAGCUGAUGAAUAGGAGAGAAAACAAUGUGGACCGCUCCUCUUUUACUCCGGCUGCUUUUUUUGUGUUCGGUAUCACAAAUGUUUACCUGUGGUUCCUUAACGGCAUUUUCCGUUCCCACUCUGCAUUAACACCCUGCACUUGGCACUGCACUGAAGAGGAGGAGUGAAUACAUUCGUCCCCCUCUACUCGGCCCUUAGCGUCUGCCCACCUCCUUGGCUGCAGCCAAUUAGAUCAGACCUCAAAAUGAUAUCUGGUCUUUUUUUCGCCGAGGAGAUUCGCAUGAGCUCCAAUUAAAACAUUUGAUUUGUGAAAGGUUCAGUUGUUUCCUUAGUAACACCCACGCGUUCUCUCUCACGACUCCCUCCUCUCCUCGCUACCUCUAUCCCCCCGUCUAUUAGGCCUCUGAAAAGCCUUUUUGCAGUUUGAGUAAAGGAGGAGGAGGACUGAUUUUUGUUCCAAACAGAAAAGCUCAGUUGCCUUUCACAAUAUUUAUACAGAGAUCAACAAUGAUGAACACAGUGCUAUGGACUUAGUGCUGACACAGCUCUGAACAGGUGUGUCUUCUGUAUACCUGCUGUUGUUUUUAAAAACCGAAGACUUUUAGAGCCCAGAGGCGGAGCUCCACAAAGUAAACCACGGGAGAAAACCCCUCUGCCUUGGUACCCAGACUGUGCUAUCUAUUAUAUUUGGAGAAUGUUUAACCAACACUCGUGGCUUUUUUCAUAAUCAAUUUUUUGGUUUUCCAAAGGGAAUAUUAUAUAUAGGUAUUAUAUAAUAUAAUAUAUAUGUAUCUAAAUAUAGCUUUCAGAAGAAAAGACAAUGUUGCAAAGAGGAUAUGUAAUAAAUUAAUCUGCGCCUGUUUUUGGUUUUUAGUAUAGAAGGCAGAGAGAAAUCUUUAAAUCUAUUCCACCAAUAGUUUACUCAUUUCUACCAAUUAUAUACAUACAUAUAUAAAUAUAUAUAUAUAUUUGAAAGAAAAAAGUAUAUAGAUACAAAAAUGAAAUUUUUGUCAUAGGUAUACAACCUUCCUUAUGGUCACCCUUUCUUGAACCGUAGCAUGACGAGUUGCAUCAUGUUUUUGGACAGAGUUUGUUGUCUGUGUUUAUUUUCUUACGGUCUUCCUUCAUACUAAAAGGGCAUCCCGUAAUGUGAGGCUGAGACCCCAGUUGACACCCAUCCCUACCGCUUCAGCUACACAUCUCGCUGCCAUGGAUCUGUCUCCGAAUUACCCCACAAUAACUGUGAGAGCCGCCCGCUGAGCCGGCUGAUUGCUUAGAAAGGGGCUCUUGAUCUUAUGCCUGUUUAUCACUCAGGGAUGGAAGUUUGGGGCACUAGCGUGAAGAGGUUGUUGGCUCUUUCAAUACAAUCUAUUUAAAUUCUUGCAUUUGAGGACAAUUCAACACCACCACCAGUCUGAAAAAUGUUAGACAGCUAGUAUAAAUUUCCAUCCCUGUAACCCCUGAAGAUGCUUCUCAGACCAGGCUGCACGAGGUCUGGUAUCGUAAAGGAAACAUUGGGAUGUUUUUUUAAUCCCCAGUGGAGAGGAGAGCAUCAUUAACUGAUUUUUUUAAGUUCAAAGUGUGGGACAAAUGACGUUUAAACUGCACAAAUAAAGCAAAUCAUUGUUUACUUUAGAAUCCUUUACCUGGAGUGCAACUAAGACAAACUCGCCAUGCAAGCUUAAUUGAGCUAGAUGUGUGUGCCCUUCUGAAAUGCCACUGCAGGAAAUGUCUGUAGUUCCUCAGGCUGUGGGGAUGGGGAAGCCUCUGUAAGGUCUUAAAGAAAAUUCAGUAUUUUACAACCUGGCAGUGUCUCGCACCGUCGCUGCUACCUUCUAUCUCUACCAUUGUCUUAUCAUAUAAACGGUGGCAGCCAGAACACUAAAAAUAAGACCCAGGUUGUAAAAGAAAGCAAAAAAAGAAAAACUGAAUUUUCUUUUAACAAUACAAAUCUGCAAUUGUACUCAUGAGUAGCUUCUGCUGGCAGUGAGAAACAGUGAGUUUUAUUCAAGCAACAACAACAAAAAAAGCAUUUUAGCAUAGCUUUUCUCUGACAGAAUGCCAGGAAACUGUAUUAACACUAAAAACCUCUGUACAUCAGCAGCAUCCAGUCAGUAUGCCAAGACAGUUUUACUUGGCGAAAAGUUGUGUGCAUCGUUUUUUUUCAUUUUUUUUGCUAGCUGGUUUGUAAAAGCGGGUGGUGAACAUUUCGUUGUAUCUGGGUUGUAGGAAUAGCACUCACUGCCUCACUGUGACCUCACUGAUCAUUUUACUUUUGACUCCAGUGUUAUGUCCUCAGACUCAUUUGGACCUCCUUCUUCUUUUUGUUUUCUUUAGUUUUUACUGUUCUUUUUAAUUUUGUCGUCGUCGUCGAAUCGUUACCCUCGGACACUGUGGGUAGAUUUUGUAGCGUGUGGAACAUGAUACUUAAAAUCUUUCACUCAUUUGAAUUUUAGAGUGACAGAAAAAAAUUAAAAAAUAUCCUGUUCAUUCUAAACAGUUACACUUGUAAAAAAAAAAAAAGAACAAACUACAAAUAUUUGCUUUUUUUAAAAAAAGUCACAAGCAAUGUAUAUAUGAUAGAUUUCAUAUAAAUUUUUGAAAAACAAAAAGUAUAUAGAUCUAUAUAUGAAUGUUUGGCAUAUAUGCAUAGUUAACCACCUGUGGAAAAGGUGAGCAGAUUUUAUUCUUUCUAUGAACUCUUGAACUUUUGAACUCUGAACUAUGAACUAGGGGAUGAUUUGCACAAAACAAGGUGACAAGGUGCUAACAUAAAAGCCACCCAUCGUCCAAGCGCAUGCGUGCAUCUGGAUUCCCUGAACCUCUCUGUGCGGUCGUUCCUCUUCACCGUGUGCUGCGUGUGUGUGUGUACGCGUGCAAAUGCUUUCCAUUUUUUUGUGCAUCUGUUGGGGUUUGAGACGAUGAGAAUGCAUGUGACAGUGAGAGAGUGUGUGGUUAAUGGUUGGGGUUUACAUCUUUGGAGUUUAGUCCACUAUAGCCUUACUGUAUUACCAUCAGAGAUACCCGGCAGUGGCUGUGUCUCACAAACACACAAACUCACCAAACAUGCACACACAGACAGGAAAAAAAUGCACACAUCCAUUUCUAGAUUGAACAUCAUCGUUCUGCAUUGUUGUUUUGUACUGAGUGACGUCUUCAGAAAGUGGACUGCUCUGCCCCAGAGACGAGCAGAGAGGGAGAGAUAUUGGUAAAAAAAAAUAAAAUAAAAUGAACAACACUGUCACAUUUUAUAUUGCAAGACAACUCACCUUGUAACUGCGUAGGUCCACCUUAUGCAGUGUCACUGUUUUGUACGCCCAUUCCCAGAUGGCAUUUGCGCUCCUUACCCUCCACUCUGUCUGGCAGCACUCCUUUUUCCUUUUUCAGACCUUCAGUUUCUGAGUUGUGGAUAUGCUAUAUGAGGUGAUCCAGUGAGGAACAAACAACACAAAGGAAAAAUGUGCCAAAAAGUAACUUAACUUUUAACUGUAUAUUUGUCUUUGCUUUAGGACUAUCUUAGUUACAGCAUUCUUGAGCUGUUAGAUAAUAUGAUAAUAUGGUGCCAUCUCCUGGAAAUCUUGAGAACAACAGACAUUUGUUAGAUCUUUCUGUAUUUUCCUGCAGGUGGAAGUACAGUCAUUUUUGUUAUUUUGUGAAGAAGCAGACUAUAUAUAUAUGUGUGUGUGUGUGUGUGUGUGUGUGUGUGUGUGUGUAUAUAUAUAUAUAUAUAUAUAUAUGUAUACACACAUAUAUUCAUACACACACACACAUACAUACACACAUAUAUAUAGUCUGUGUAUAUCUACUUGCAUUAACAUUUCUAUUUAAAUUUUGACGUAACACAAUUGCUUGAUUUUACUGUGCUGAAGGCUACUGUUCCCAUAUAAAUAAAAAUAAGAGACGAAACACUCGAGAGGCGAACGUGUACAGUCUGACGCAGGCUGGCCUGGCUAGAAGAAUCAACGCUGCUUGGAUUGUUGUGCAAGUUUACUACCAAUACAGAUGCAAACUGAGCAAUGUGUAACAGACAUACACAUCAUUAGGUCAAAUAAGUUAAGUGAAGGGUUAUCUUUGUCUUAUUUUCUAAUCAACAAAGCACAAUCUACAUAGCGUAGGGGGAGCAGUGUGACCUUUUUAAAAACCCACUGGCGUCCGGUGAGCCACUGGAACCAGUGAUCUUAUCAUCCAAGGGGUUUUUUCUUUCAUUGUUGGUUUUCUCCUUGUUUGCACUGUGAAGUUUAGAACGGUGGAUGUAUCACUGCAACGCCUCAGCCUUGUCUCACGGGUGAACUUCCCCUUCUCGACAUCCAAACGACCAGGCGACUCAUCUGUGACUUCUCUCCCCUCCGGACACUUAGGGUACUACAGAAUCCCCCUACACUUCAAUCCACGAGAGCCCAAGUUAAAACACAAGCGAAACCAGAAGCUACCUAGUAUUCCUCAUGCAAACAGAGCAAGGGCGACAGUAAAGGUUGAGGCAAGAUCUGAGAUGUUGCCCAGGAUAUCUCCACCACAGAGAUAUAUGUUUGUUAUAUUAUGUAAUAAAUUUAUAAUUAAAACAUGAA